AUGGCAGGAAGAAAUUCAUCAUUAUCAUUAAUGUUCAAUCGAGUUAAAAAUAUAAGAUUUCAUCGUAAACUACGACGUUUCCAGAAGUAUAUUCGACAACAUUCUACUCUAAUUCUGUCCAUUCUAACUAUACUUAUUUUGAUCAUAAUAUUUCGUGAAGAAAUAACGUAUCAAUUAUAUAUACGUACACUCGAUGUACAACCCUACCAAAAUGCUCUCACUCUAUGGAGUAGUGAUUAUCAUAUAAGUCCUAUUCAUGAUCUCAAAACUAUUCUUGUACCUUUUGGCGUACAAUUUUUCGAUAAAAGUCUGUCAUAUAGUUGUCAACGAACAAGAACAUGUUUGUCUCAUAUUCGCGUGUUAACAAACACCAAUGGAAUGAAUUUUUCCGAUCAGCUCGCUUCGGAAUUUUAUGAAUUUUAUAAAAACCAAAGGGAGAUGAAUUUAGUCGAUGCAUUUGUUUGUUUUCAUCCUGUAUCAAUGUGUGAAUUGUACAUGCAAUUUAAUCGUAGUAUGAUUGUUAUUUCAUCAACACGGUAUGAACUUGCACGAUUUCAGCCUGAUCAAUGGAUGAAAUUAAAUGAAAAUUUGAAAAAAAUUGCUCAAGAUCCAAAAAAUUUCGUAGCAGCCAAUAAUCUUUACGAUGCUGAAUAUAUUCGUUAUUUUACCGGUAUGAAGGUUCCAGUUUUACCCAGUCUUUGCAAUUAUACAAAUGCUGAUUACAAUCCAAAGCGUUCACAAUUUCUACUUGCUCCAAUACACUCAUUGUAUUUUGAUGACGUAUUUAAAAAACUAUUAAAGACAUCUUUUAAACGAUAUCAGAAUCAUACAAUUAAAAUUGUGCCCAUACGAAAUCUCUAUCCUAAUUAUAAAUACUCUGAUUUAACCAAUCAUCCAGCUAUUAUUCAUGUUCCUUAUCAAGUUUCAAUAAUGAGUGUAUUUGAACAAUACCGAAUGAAUAUUCCACUUGUAUUUCCAUCGCUUAACCUUUUGACGAAAUGGCAUUAUGAAUAUGGUGUAGUCGCUGAAAAGACUUGGGAGCAAGCUUUCAAUGAGAGAAGAUCGAAGAGUUCUCGUAUAAAAGGCGUUCUUACGGAUGUGCCCGAUCCUAACAAUGAUUACGAUCGUUCAGCAAUACGAUACUGGUUGAAUUUCUCAGAUUUUUAUCAAUGGCCACAUAUUACAUAUUAUGAAUCGGCUGAUGAUCUUAUUUCAAAAUUGAUUUCAACCGAUUUUCGAAUGAUUAGCAAGCAAAUGAAUGAAUAUAACAGACAAGUUGGCGAAAGUGUAAUGAAAAAAUGGAAAGAGAUAUUGAAUAAUAUAAAACAAUAUUCAAAGAAAUUUCAAUAA